GGUGCAUGCAUCAGUUUUGUGCCUCCCUCAACUCUGAGGACAAGAAAGCGAACUGCAGCUACAGACGACAGUCACACAAUAUCCAUCUCGAGUCUGACCGUGCAGACUUGCCUCAAGGAGAGAGAACAGUGUUCUUAGGAACGAAUGCGUGGGAGUUGCUCACUUCACUCGCAUCCUUUUCCUAGUGGACGAUUGAAGGCGCAUUGGGAGCCCCUUUCCGACCGAGGGAUAGCGAGCUGGCGGAGAGAGGAACCAGUGCGUCGUCGGUAGACAGAAGAACAGGGCAGUUCCUCCGGACUAUCCAUUUCUAUUAAGUCACAGGCGGUAUCGGAAUCUGGGGGAACCGUGUUUUUUUUAAAAAUCGUGUCUUUCAAAGCAAUGGACUCGAGAUAGGGGGUCUCAAUUUGCCUCUUUCUUGACAGGGAGUUGCCGUUGGGAGAUAUGCGUAAAGGAUGUUUGGAAACAGCAGUAGUAGGUAACCGAUAGGAUGGGGGCCAGGGAAGCGAGUGGGCACAGCUACCUGGUGGCUUGCUGGCAGCCCAUUCUGAUUCUGAUGCUGGGCACCGUACUGUCCGGUUCCACCACAGGUUGCCCGUCCCGCUGUGAGUGCAAUGCCCAGGAGCGCUCAGUCAUAUGCCACCGCAAGAAGCUUAUGUCCGUCCCUGAGGGCAUCCCCACAGAAACGCGGCUGCUGGACCUCAGCAAGAACCGCAUCAAGACCAUCAACAUGGAUGAGUUCGCAACCUACCCCAACCUGGAGGAGCUGGAGCUCAACGAAAACACCAUCUCCGCUAUUGAGCCCGGCGCCUUCAACAACCUGUACGGCCUCCGGACAUUGGGGCUGCGCAGCAACAAGCUCAAACUCAUCCAGCUGGGUGUGUUCACGGGCCUCAGCAACCUCACCCAGUUGGACAUCAGUGAGAACAAGAUAGUCAUCCUGCUGGACUAUAUGUUCCAAGACCUGUACAACCUGCGCUCCAUGGAGGUGGGCGACAAUGACUUGGUAUUCAUCUCCCACCGGGCCUUCCAUGGUCUCAGCAGCCUGGAGCAGCUGACUUUGGAAAAGUGCAACCUGACCUCGGUGCCCACCGAGGCCUUCACCCACCUUCACAGUUUGAUCUUUCUCAGGCUGCGCCACCUCAACAUCUAUGUUAUUAAGGAUUACUCCUUCAAAAGACUGUACCGGCUGAAAGUGCUGGAGAUCGCCAACUGGCCCUACCUGGACACCAUGACCUCCAAUUGCCUCUAUGGCCUGAACCUCACCUCGCUGACCAUCACCAAUGGCAACCUGACCUCCAUCCCAUACGUGGCUCUCCGGCACUUGGUCUACCUACGGUUUCUGAAUCUGUCCUAUAACCCCAUCCACACCAUUGAGGGGAAUAAGCUCCAUGACCUUCUGAGGCUCCAGGAGUUUCACCUGGUUGGGGGCAGGCUGGCUAUGAUCGAGCCCUACUCGUUCCGGGGCCUAAACUAUCUGAAGAUCUUCAAUGUGUCUGGCAAUGCCUUGAGCACCUUGGAGGAGUCUGCGUUCCACUCGGUAGGCAAUCUGGAGACUCUGGCGCUUUACGAUAACCCCUUGGCAUGUGACUGCCGGCUGCUGUGGGUGUUCCGGAGACGCUGGAGGCUCAACUUCAACCGGCAACAACCCACCUGCGCUUCACCUGAGUUCGUACAGGGAAAAGAGUUUAAAGAUUUCCCGGACGUCCUGCAGCCCAACUACUUCACGUGUCGCAAGUCCAGGAUCCGGGACCGCAAGGCGCAGCAGAAAUUUGUGGACGAGGGAACUACUGUUCAUUUUGUAUGCCAGGCGGACGGUGAUCCCGCCCCAGUCAUCAUGUGGCUCUCACCCCAGAAGCAGUUCAUCACGACCAAAACCAUCGGACGGCUCACAGUAUUCCCAGAUGGCACCCUUGAGGUGCGCUACGCGCAGAUUCAGGAUAAUGGAACGUAUGUGUGUAUAGCCAGCAACGCCGGUGGCAAUGACACAUCUCUCGCCCACCUGCACGUCCAUAGCUACUCUCCAGACUGGCCUCACCAACCCAACAAGACCUUUGCAUUCAUCUCCAACCAGCCCAAUGAGAAUGGUGGCAAUGGGACGCGAACCAACGUCCCGUUCCCCUUCGACAUCAAGACCUUAAUCAUCGCCACCACUAUGGGUUUCAUAUCUUUCCUUGGUGUCGUCCUGUUUUGUCUGGUGCUACUCUUUCUGUGGAGUAGAGGUAAAGGGGCCACAAAGCACAACAUAGAGAUUGAGUAUGUGCCACGCAAGUCAGACGCUGGGAUGAGCAGCAGCAACGCAGACGCCCCUCGCAAGUUUAACAUGAAAAUGAUUUAACGGGACCUAGGGAGCAAACAGACUCUUAACUUGAAAUUGUAAAAAAAAAAAAAAAAAAACGUCAAAUCCUCCCUUACAAAUCUGUGGAUCCUGGGAUGUAAUCAUGAAGUAAUCUGUUUUCCCUGACUUAACUGUUGGAGAUGGAGAGAGAAGUUCCUUGCUUUCGUAAUAUGUUGAGUAUAUGAGGGGGAUGAUAGCAAAGCAGACGCUCCACAGCGUUGGCAAUUUCUGCAAGGCCUUUAGGUACGUUUGUUCGAAAGCUAAUUUUGUUGUGUGCGAUUCAUAUUCUUGUGGAUUUAUAUUGGGAAGAAAUUAUAGAAAAAAAGAGAUGAACCCUUCUCUAUGUAUGUAAUAACCUGCCUUCACUGUCCUUUUGCCUGUGUUCUUAGUUUAUAGAUUUUUUACAGAAAUUGAAAUAUUUGUUUACCAAAAUGUUAAGAGUAGAUUGUAUGGGUUGAUGAGCACAUUUAAACAAUCCCUUCUGGUACUUUGUCAGUCAGAAUAUACAGUACCAGUCAAAGGUUUGGACACACCUACUCAUUCAAGGGUCUUUCUUUAUUUUUACUAUUUUCUACGUUGUAGAGUAAUAAUGAAGACAUCAAAACUAUGAAAUAACACAUAUGGAAUCAUGUAGUAACCAAAAAAAGUGUUAAACAAAUCUAAAUAUAUUUUAGAUUUUAGAUUCUUCAAAGUAGCCACCCUUUGCCUUAAUGACAGCGUACCACACUAUUUUCAUUCUCUCAACCAGCGCCACCUGGAAUACUUUUCCAACAGUCUUGAAGGAGUUCCACAUAUGCAGAGCACUUGAUGGCUGCACAACUCAUCCCAAACCAUCUCAAUUGGGUUAUGGUCGGGUGAUUGUGGAGACCAGGUCAUCUUGAUGCAGCAUUCCAUCACUCUCCUUCUUGGUCAAAUAGCCCUUACACAGCCUGGAAGUGUUUUGGGUCAUUGUCCUGUUGAAAAACAAAUGAUAGUCCCACAAAGCACAAACCAGACGGGAUGGCGUAUCACUGCAGGAUGCUGUGGUAGCCAUGCUGUUUAAGUGUAAAUAAAUCAAUGACAGUGUCACCAGCAAAGCACCCCAAUACCAUCACAACUCCUCCAUGCUUCACGGUGGGAACCACACAUGCAGAGAUCAUCCGUUCACCUACUUUGCGUCUCACAAAGACAUGGCUGUUGGAACCAAAAAUCUCCAAUUUGGACUCAUCAGAGCAAAGGACAGAUUUGCACCGGUCUAAUGUCCAUUACUCAUGUUUCUUGGCUCAAUCAUGUCUCUUCUUCUUAUUGGUGUUCUUUAGUAGUGGUUUCUUUGCAAAAAUUCGACCAUGAAGGCCUGAUUCUCGCCAUCUCUUCUGAACAGUAGAUGUUGAGAUGUGUCUGUUACUUGAACUCUGUGAAGCAUUUAUUUGGGCUGCAAUUUCUGAGGCUGGUAACUCUAAUGAAGUUAUCCUCUGCAGCAGAGGUAACUCUGGGUCUUCCUUUCUUGUGGCGGUCCUCAUGCGAGCCAAAGUUCUUGAAAUUUUCCAGGUUGACUGACCUUCAUGUCUUAAAGUAAUGAUGGACUGUUGUUUCUCUUUGUUUAUUUGAGCUGUUCUUAGCAUAAUAUGGACUUGGUCUUUUACCUAAUAGGGCUAUCUUCUGUAUACCACCCCUACCUUGUCACAACAGAACUGUUUGGCUCAAACGCAUUAAGAAGGAAAGAAAUUCCACAAAUUUACUUUUAACAAGGCACACCUGUUAAUUGAAAUGCAUUCCAGGUGACUACCUCAUGAAGCUGAUUGAGAGAAUGCCAAGAGUGUGCAAAGGUGUCUUCAAGGCAAAGGUUGGCUACUUUGAAGAAUCUCAAAUAUAAAAUCAUUUUGAUUUGUUUAACACUUUUUCUGGUUACUACAUAGUUUUGAUGUCUUCACUAAGAUUCUACAAUGUAGAAAAUAGUAAAAUCAAGGAAACCCUUGAAUGAGUAGGUAUGUCCAAACUUCUGACUGGUGUAUAUAUAUAUAUAUAUAUAUAUACACACACACACACACACGGAACAUAUAUAUAUGUAUGUGUGUAUAUAUGUGUUCUGUAUCUCGUCCAUAUCAUUCACUACAGUUGUGGCCAAAAGUUUUGAGAAUUACAGAGAUAUUAAUUUCCACAGAGUUUGCUGCUUCAGUGUCUUUAGAUAUUUUUGUCAGUUUUUACUAUGGAAUACUGAAGUAUAGUUACAAGUAUUUCAUAAGUGUCAAAGCCUUUUAUUGACAAUUGCAUGAAGUUGAUGCAGAGUCAAUACAAUAUUUGUAGUGUUGACCCUUCUUUUUCAAGUCCUCUGCAAUCUGCCCUGGCAUGCUGUCAAUUAACUUCUGGGCCACAUCCUGACUGAUAACAGCCCAUUCUUGCAUAAUCAAUACUUGGAGUUUGUCAGAAUUUGUGGGUUUUUGUUUGUCCUCGUCAACACUCACACCUGUGUUAACGAGAGAAUCCCUGACAUGAUGUCAGCUGGUCCUUUUGUGGCAGGGCUGAGAUGCAGUGGAAAUGUUUUUGGGGGAUUGAGUUCAUUUGCAUGGCAAAGAGGGACUUUGCAAUUAAUUGCAAUUCAUCUGAUCACUCUUCAUAACAUUCUGGAGUAUAUGCAAAUUGCCAUCAUACAAGCUGAGGCAGUAGACUUGGUGAAAAUUAAUAUUUGUGUCAUUCUCAAAACUUUUGGCUACGACUGUACACUUUACAUUAAGUUGUUUUCAUACCUGUGGAGCGCAAUGUAAUUCCUCUAGUAAACACAUUGUUUUUAGUGGAGUAACAAUGUUACAUAAUUAUUUAUUAAUUGCAUUGUAAUGGUAUAGUAUUUGAGUUACUGUUUCUUAGUCUACUCUUUAUUGUGUCAUAACAAACAAUGCACAAUUCCAUUACUAUGCAUUUACAAAGCAAAGACAAUUUUUUACAAUUACUAUAACAUGUUACUAAAAUAGCAACUUAAUUUAAACUGUUACCAGGGGAGUUUCAAAUACGUAAUUUUGUUGGCAUAGUUUUAUUGUAUAUAAGGUUAGCUGAGUCAUUGCUCUAUAGCGGCUUUUGGUUCGAACAUGGUUCUUCUCAAAACCCCUCUAAAUGUAUUAAUUCAUUUAUCAAGAUUAGAUCUCAUUAUCGCUGUUUUCUUGUGCUAGACACUGUGGCUCACAAUGUUUAUUGGCCAUAAACAUUGCAUUAUUUUAUCAUAUACAGUGCAUUCACACCCCUUAACUUUCUCCACAUUUGGUUGCGACAGUAUGAAUAUAAAAUGGUCACUGAUCUACACAUAAUACCACAUAAUGUCAAAUACAAAUUAUGUAAAAUUGAAAAGGGUAUUCAAUCCCUUUUAUGGCAAGCCUAAAUAAGUUCAGGAGUAAACAAUUGCUUAAUAAAUUGCAUGCACUCACUCUGUGUGCAAUAAUAGUGGUUAACAUGAUUUGUUAAUAACUAUCCCAUCUCUACCCCACACAUGCAAUUGUCUGUAAGGUCCCUUAGUCGAGCAGUGAAUUUCAGGCACAGAUUUAACCACAAAGACCAGGGAAGUUUUCCAAUGCCUGACAAAGGAACGGAACCGAUUGGUAAAUAUAAUGAAGCAGACACUGAAUAUCCGUUUGAGCAUGGUGAAGCUGUUUAUUAGGCUUUGGAUGGUGUAUGAAUACACCCAGGUACUACAAAGAUACAGACUUCCUUCCGAACUAAGUUGCCGGAGAGAAAGAAAACCACUCAGGGAUUUCGCCAUGAGGCCAUGGUGAUUAUAAAACAGUAACAGAGUUUAAUGGCUGUGAUAUGACAAACCUGAGGAUGGCUCAACAACAUUGUGGUUACUUCAAAAUACUAACCUAAAUGACAGAGUGAAAAGAACGAUGCCUGUACAGAAUAAAACUAUAUUCCAAAACAUGCAUCCUGUUUGCAACAACUGCAAAAGUUGUGGCAUAGGAAUUCCAUAUUUGUCCUGAAUCACUGGGUACCAUUCUCAAUAUUUUCAAUCGUGGGGGUGGCUGCAUCAUAAUAUGGGUAUGCUUGUCGUCAUAAAAAUAAAAGGAAUGUAGCUAAGCACAGGCACAAUCCUACAGGAAAAUCUGGUUUUGUCUGCUUUCUAACAUACACUUAGAAACUAGUUCACCUUUCAGCAGAACAAUAAACUUAAAACACAAAACCAAAUCUAUACGAGUUGCUUACCAAGAUGACAUUGAAUGUUCCUGAGUGGCGUACUUAGAGUUUUGACUUAAAUCUGCCUCAAAAUCUAUGGCAAGACUUGACAAAUCUGUCUAGCAAUGAUCAACAACCAACUUGACAGAGCUUGAAGAAUUUUCAAAAUAAUACGUGCAAAUAUUCCACAAUCCAGGUAUGCAAAGCUCUUAGACUUACUAAUACAUCUUGAUUAGAUAAGUAUUGGGUGUUUUCAUUUUCAUUAGUAAAUUGUAUUUUUUUUGUUGUGUAGAUUGAUGGGGGGAAAAAAUGUCAAAGCCAAUUAAAUCCAUUUAAACCCUACUUUGUAACACAACAAAAUGUUGAAAAAGUCUAGGGGCGUAAAUACUUUCUGAAGGCACAGUAAUUUUAUUAUAUUAUCUAUUUAUUUUUGUUUUUCUCUGGGGAGCUAAAAUCAGCCUAAUCGAAAAUGUGGUGUUUUUAAACAUAGUCUAUAUGCAAACAAUGAACAAUGACACAUUAUACACACACACACUUCUCUCUGUUCAGAAGAUAAUCCAGCAAAAAAAAUUUGGGAUGCUACUGUUGAUUACAACUGAUGGUAUAUUCCAUUGCAUAUUAUUGCAUGAAUACCUUGGUAUCUGUUUAUCUGCUGCCUUUUGAAUUAUGUUACAGUGCACUCUAAAGAGUCUUACAUAAUGGGCUUAUGUUGUGCUUAACAUUUUUAUGGAGAAUAAAAGUUGGGAUGCUCUACUUUGUUACUAAUGUGCUCAGCAACCUGUAAAACACUUAAUCCCAUGUUAGGGAGCUUUGGUUGUCAGAAAUAUUAUUGUUUGAAUUUCUCGACCCUCCACAACCACACCCCCAUACAAAAAUUCCUGUGCAGGUUUAUUUUACUAUAUGAUAUCCCAAAAAAGGGUGUAAAGAAUUUUAAAAAAGUAACUUCCUGCUGAUCCUCCUGGAUAUACAGUAUGUGUAAUGAAUGCCCUUAUCUUUUCAACUACACACUGUGGACAGCUGGGCUUUGCGGAUAUGUGCAGGAUAAAGGCUAUGUUAUUGAGGAUGGAUGACAUUCCAGACAACGACACACAGUAACGGGUUGGAAGUAUGGACUGAAUAUGCAGAUGGUGCAUCGACACAGAUGGUUUCACCCAUGGAGUGGUCUGAAGCAAGCAGCUUUGGAGUAAUCCGUUUUGCUGAAAACCAUGGUUCCUUCCCUGGCUGAUUAUGAAUGCUCGCUUUGUUCAAAGUGUGGCAACUGUACUUAGUCUUUUGGUCCCGGUCGAGUCAGAGAUUCAUGGGAACCUCAUUUCUUUCUCUUGUUCCUUUUUUUAAAUUUUGACCCAGGACUAUGUUGAACAUGUAGUCCCAGCCAACUUUAUAUGAAAAUAUAUUUAAAAAUCCAUGGGAAAAAAAUCCAUUAAAAUUGUUCUGUGCAAUAAAGGUAAUAUGCAGAUUUUUUUUUUAUGUAAGUUUUUUUCUUGAUGUUAAAUUGUUGAAAAUAUGGUAUGUUGUAUUAAACAAUCUAUGGAGUUUUUUAAACAGAUAAUAGUCCUAUCUUGAUUUAAAACUCAAAGCAUGUAUUUAUUUCUAACUACCACUAAAAAUGUAAGAAAAGGACUUUCAGAUCUGGCAGAUGUAGAUUACCAAGGGGGGUUGGGGGUUUUGCUUUCUACUCCUCAUUAUAGCCAAUUAGCUAUACUGUAGCAGGGAUAUUCAGAUGCUUUAAAGCUAGCUAAUUUCCUGUUUACAGGGAAGCAUAAUCCUUGCUAUGCUUCCUGCCCCCUUGAAUGUUAAUCAUUCUCUAUCACUAAUAGAUCAAGGACCAUGGUAUAUUAAGACAAUUAGACAUUAAAGCCACAAUCCUGCAUUUGUUUUACAUCCAAAUGGCAGCCCUGGACUUUGUUUGCUAUGAGGUCUAUGCAGGAUAAGGCUGGAGAAAUUUUUAAAUGAAGAGUUAUACUAGGCAUAUGAGAGGCAUAUUUUCAGGGUAAUGUUCAAGAAUCAAUGCGUUAAUUUAAAUUACUAUUGAAUGGCAGUAAAUAUUGCAGAUUGUACCGUUUUAAUGUUAGAAAUGGCUAUUAUAUUGCUACCCUUCUACGCUUGUGUUUAUCAAGUUUUUCUUGAAGCACACAAUCCGUAUUCCCCUUUUGAACCAAAGGAUAACUCUGAAACACAAACUUGUAAGGGGAUAAAAUAUACUUGUGAUUUUCCUACAAUUGUCUCAAUGAACUAGACCAACUAGUGAUAUACACAAAAAAAAGAGCAGAAAAUAGGAAUUUACCUCUGGUUACAGUAUCCCAGAGUAACACAAUGUUUAGAUAGAUAAACGCAUGUCAUCAGAUUCAUAUGUACAGUUGAAGUUGGAAGUUUACAUACACUUAGGUUGGAGUCAUUAAAAUUCAUCUUUCAACCACUCCACAAUUUUCUUGUUAACAAACUAUAGUUUUGGCAAGUCGGUUAGGACAUGACACAAGUCAUUUUUCCAACAAUUGUUUACAGACAGCUUAUUUCACGUAUAAUUCAUUGUAUCACAAUUCCAGUGGGUAAGAAGUUAACAUACACUAAUUAGACUAUGCCUUUAAACAGCUUGGAAAAUUCCAGAUAAUGAUGUCAUGGCUUUAGAAGCUUCUGAUAGGCUAAUUGACAUAAUUUGAGUCAAUUGGAAGUGUACCUGUGGAUGUAUUUUAAGGCCUACCUCCAAUCUCAGUGCCUCUUUGCUUGAAAUCAUGGGAAAAUCAAAAGAAAUCAGCCAAGACCUCAGAAAUAAAAUGGUAGACCUCCACAUGUCUUGUCCAUCUUUGGGAGCAAUUUCCAAAUGCCUGAAGGUACCACAUUCAUCUGUACGCAAGUAUAAACACCAUGGGACUACGCAGCUGUCAUACAGCUCAGGAAGGAGACGCGUUCUGUCUCCUAGAGAUGAACGUACAUUGGUGCGAAAAGUGCAAAUCAAUCCCAGAACAACAGCAACUGACCUUGUGAAGAUGGUACAAAAGUAUCUAUAUCCACAGUAAAACGAGUCCUAUAUUGAAAUAACCUGAAAGGUCGCUCAGCAAGGAAGAAGCCACUUCUCCAAAACCACCAUAAAAAAUGCCAGACUACAGUUUGCAACUACACAUGGGGACAAAGAUCACACUUUGUGUAGAAAUAUCCUCUGGUCUGAUGAAACAAAAAUGUAACUGUUUGGCCAUAAUGACCAUCAUUA